CCGCACCUCCCCCUAUUCGCCUUUCAACCUCGCUCGCUCUCUACACCAACACAACCUCCUCUGCGGAUCCACUGUAGCUACUGCAGUGAAUCCGUCAUCCUUAAAGAGAAAAGGCGAGAGCAAGUCAAGCUGGUCUAUAUUUAUUACAACCAGAAAUAUUUCCCUGAAACAGUCUUAAAAUUGAUUGUGCAACGUCGUCCUUUCAAAGUGUUUCUCUUGCGCACCAGGUGAAGAAACCCAACCGACAGAAUGGGAAACGAAGCAAGUUAUCCCUUGGAGAUGUGUACACACUUUGAUGCUGAUGAGAUUAAGAGGCUAGGAAAGAGAUUUAAGAAACUCGACCUAGAUAACUCUGGUUCCUUGAGCGUGGAAGAGUUUAUGUCCUUACCGGAACUCCAACAGAAUCCCCUUGUACAGCGAGUUAUCGAUAUAUUUGACACAGAUGGCAAUGGGGAAGUCGACUUCAAAGAAUUCAUUGAGGGCGUCUCCCAGUUCAGUGUCAAAGGUGAUAAAGAGAUGAAACUGCGCUUUGCCUUCAGGAUCUACGACAUGGACAAGGACGGCUACAUAUCCAACGGAGAACUCUUCCAGGUCCUCAAGAUGAUGGUGGGGAACAACUUAAAGGACACCCAGCUCCAGCAGAUUGUUGACAAAACCAUCAUCAACGCAGACAAAGACGGCGACGGGAGGAUAUCCUUUGAGGAGUUUUGUGCGGUGGUGGGAGGAUUAGACAUACACAAAAAGAUGGUUGUGGACGUGUGACUGACCUCACGGGCCCCCUGCAAAAAAUCCCUUUUCGCUUUCUUCUCCAUUUCUGAGGAUCUGCUCAAGGUGUCAUCCAGCAAAGGUCUCUGUGUAUUUUUCAAUGGAAGUAUUUUUCUCUGUGAAGCCACUUCUUCUUUUUUUCCAACCCGAGCCUUCUGACGCCAACCAUUUUAUAGUGUUAUCGAACAUGAGUUCUCUCAAUAACCCGGUGUAGCACUUUAAAAGCCUGAAGGACAGCUUUUUAUCGUUGAGUGAGUGUUUCAGUUUGGUGGAGGAAGGGUUAGUGUGUUUCUCUUUGAUUUUGAGGCAGUUGGGAUUUUUUUUUUUCAUAUUUAUUUUGGUCUUGGCUUUUUUGGGGGGGGGUGGGGGAUGUGUGUAGUUAGCUGUGAUGUAACUUGAUGUACUUGAUUUCAACACAACACAAAAAUAGAGCAUGAAGUGCCAUCCAGAACAUAUAAUAAACCGGUUGAAUAUAAUGGUAUACAUCUUUUUCUAUCAACAUUCGGUAGAAUUUGCUUAUUUCAAUGUGCAUACUGCACGAUUCAAACAGUCCAAUUACAUUUUCCAGGCAAAUGCUUUCCCUGCUUCUUUCACUCCCAAUAUUUUGAACAGCUACGUUUUUAAGAUCAUGUGAGACGGCCUCUUUUUUUUUAAUAAGGGGGAUUGUGCACUAUACAUAUUUAUAUUGUCAGGGACAUCGAUCAUCUUGCUUUGAAGAUGCAGUGGAGUAGAGAGAAUAAUAUUUACAUUUCUGCACAUUCAAGCUUACGGUUUUACUUCAAGGACAAGGUCUUUUUUUUUUGAGUCACUGGUUGGUUAUGCGAAUAAUUUUCACCUUAAGUCUCUUAUUCCAACAAAAAGCACGUCUUCAUUCUGCAUGGUAGGACAUCACAGGCCAUUUAGAAUAUUCUCGUUAAUGUGUUUUUGUAUUUAUUGCUUUCGUCAGCCAUGUUAAGUUACAGAUAUGGAUUGGUUACAGACUAUCAAAUAGAAGUAGAGAUGAGUGCUUUUGGUUUAAAUGCUUGUGAUACGGUAAAUCUAGCUUUUUUUUGGGGGGGGGGGUUGCAUUUAACAACUUAACUGCAGGCAGAGCUGAGGUAACUUACAGUAAGUAGGCUACAGUUAGGACAUUGAGGGAUGUUAAGUUGGUUCGGCUUAUGAGAGGCGUUGAUUUCAACGUACACAUUUAGCCUUCUUGGCCAUGUAAUUUGCAUCUAUUUCAUGAACAUCUUUUAAUUCGGUUUCUCAAACAUUGUAUGGACUCUUGCCAUGAGUUGAGGUAAUAGUGCAAGGUCACAGGUGGGCUGUCCCUCUUCCUCCCUACCUCCUGAACAUUCUUCUUCUUUUUUUUUUCUUGAGAAGAUGCAACCGACAAAAGGGCAUUUUAUUAUAAAGCUACCAACGUUCUUUACACAGAGAGAGGGGACAAGACAGAGCAGGUUUUUAUUUGUGUCUAUACAUUUUAUGGAAUUUAAAUGUGUUUUAAGUUUGUGGCUCUGCUUUUUUGCUCAACUGAAUGCACCGACGGGCGGGUGUUCACGUGCGUGAUCCUGUGCCGCAUGCGCCCGGCUCGCACCGCUGUUUUGUCUUCAAUGGCGUGCCGCACGACGAUGGCUCUUAUCUGAUCUUAAAAAGCCCCCGAAGUCUUGUGAUGUGCUUGCAUGACAUGGAGGGUUCUCUCUCUCCCCUCCCCCCUUUUUUUUCCUUUGUGCAUGUAGAUCCAUUUUUUUGAAAAUCUCUAUGUUUACAUAUGAAUCUUAAUGUUAAUAUAUUAUAACAAAUGAAAAUGACAUGUAUAUGGAUGUUGCCAAAAAAAAAGAAUUGGUGAAUGUUGAAUAAAUAUGGAAAUGACUCAAAAGUAACUCCACUCCAUGUAACUGUUAUUCUAAACAACUAUAAUCUUUUGGAUAUCUCUGUCACUUCUAUUCCAGCAAAGCUUCACUUAUGCCCCAGAGUAGCCUACCAGCUCUGUUUCAGGGGGAAACCAUUCGAGAUGUUUUUUUUGUUGUAUAUAUUCUUUUCUUUACAGAUGUAUUUGUUAUUAACAUGGUAGUAUUAGUGGUCCCUCCUUUUGUUUUUGUUUUUUUUAGGUUUGUGCUAAAUGUGUCCACUAUCGGAGGAAAGGGAUCUGUGUGUGUGUGUGUGUGUGUUUUAUUAUGGGGUGGUAUAGGGUGGAGGCAAAAAAAACCGGUUUCAGUCUUAGGUUUUUACCUUCUUAUCCAUCUCUGCAUGCUGCAUCUGCUGUGGGAACCAUUUGAAACUUCAUACAUGGAAAAAGAGAAAUAAAUGAUUUGAAAGUUA